AUGGCAGCCGGUCGGCCGCGGGACAAGGGCGCGGUAGACUUCGCCGACAUCUUCCACCUGGAGGCGUCCAAGGAGGAGAUCCAGGCGGACGUGCUCAAAAUCAUCGAGGACCUGCGGUCGAUGGUGGAGGCGACGGAGGGGAAGGCCGGCGGCGCGGACAGAUACGCGGCCUACCUGGCGAUGGCGGACGCCAUAAGGGAGGAGGCCCGGGCGGUCGCCAGCGGCAAGCGCACGCGCAAGCGCAAGCGCGUGUUCGAGUUCGAUGGGCGGGGCAGCCCGCGGAGGGGCGGGGAGGCGAUGGCGCCCUGCGGCGCCUCCGGCCAGCCGGUGUGCCGCAAGGGUGUGGCCGUGGGCUCCUGA